AUCAAAUAUUGUCUUCUUAUAAAUUAAAUCUUUAAAUUAUGAGUAAAAAGGACAAAGACUACACAGGAUUUCCAGGGGAUUGUAAUCAGACUUAAUUAAAGGCUUUGAGUGAUUUUAGAAAUAUUAUAAACCAUAUGGGAUUGAGCGAGAAAAUAUAUGAUGAUCCAUAUCUAUUGAGAUUUCUAAGAGCCAGAAAAUUCGAUUUAGGGAAAACUCAAUAAAUGUUUAAUGAUUUCAUUAAGUGGCGAAAAGAAAAUGAUGUUGAUAAUAUUAUGACCUACAUGUUUGAUGAGUUACCAUAAGUAAGAACUCAUUAUCCUCAUGGAUAUCAUAAGACUGAUAAAAUGGGAAGACCUAUUUAUAUAGAAAGAAUUGGAAUGCUUCAAUUAAAUAAGUUGUUUGAAGUGACUACAGAGCAACGUUUAAUUAAAUACUACAUUCAAUCCUAUGAAUUGUUGCUGAAAAGAAUCUUUCCUGCAUGUUCAUAAGCAAAAGGAACAAAGAUUGAAUAAUCUUUCACAAUCUUAGAUUUGAAAGGAGGAUCAAUGAAGAUGGUUUCAAAACAAGUUUACAACUUUAUUUAAUUAGCCUCUAACAUUGGUUAAAACAAUUACCCAGAAAUUCUUGGAAAAAUGUACAUUGUUAAUGUACCUGUGAUGUUCAGUGGAAUUUGGGCAAUGGUUAAGAUUUGGUUAGAUGAAAAAACAAAAAAUAAAAUAACUAUCUUAGGUUCUUCUUAUAAAGACGAAUUGUUAAAACAUAUAGAUAUUGAUAAUUUACCUGAUUUUCUGGGUGGUAAUUCAAAAUGUGAAAAUACUGAUGCUUUGUCAUUAAAUAUUGGACCUUGGAAUCCUGAUGGAACUAAGCCUUUAUUUCCGGUAGAGAGCCCACCUCAAAUAGGUGAGGAAUUUUAAAAAGAGCUUGAACAAACUUAGGAAGAUGAAGAUUAAUAAUAGCAAUUAGACCAAUUAAAAAAUGCUCUGGCUGACAUGAAACUUGCUGCACCUGUUGAAAAAUCCCCUCACAAUCCCAAUAAAUAUGAAGUCACUACUUAAAAUAAUCAUAUUGUUAGUGAUACUCCUCUAAAUACUGAAGUGGGUGAAGAAGAUAAUUAAUUUUCAUAGUAAUAAUAACAAUAAUUAUAUUAAUAAUUGCAAUAAGAGUGA